GCAGGCGAGCCCGGGCCGGCGCGGGGCCUUGUGGGAGGGCUCAAGGAAGUAAAAUGGCGGACCUGGCGAACGAAGAAAAGCCUGCCAUUGCUCCUCCCGUCUUUGUGUUUCAGAAGGAUAAAGGACAAAAGUCCUCUGCAGAGCAAAAAGACUUGUCGGAUUCGGGAGAGGAGCCUCGGGGGGAGGCUGAGGCCCCCCACCAUGGCACGGGUCAUCCCGAGUCAGCUGGUGAGCAUGCCCUAGAACCUCCUGCCCCCGCUAGCACUUCCGCCAGCACUCCUCCGCCUCCCGCUCCUGAAGCCCAGCUUCCUUCUUUUCCGCGAGAACUGGCAGGGGAAGAAGAAAAGACUCUUCCUUUGAAUCCAGAGGGAAUCCCUUGAGCCCUUUAUCUUUGUAUUAAGAAGGCUUUUGAAGAUUAUAGGUGGAGAAGAUUGUGAACUCUCAAGAACAAGAAAUGUCUUGGGUUUUUGAAGUUUGAUAAAUUGGGAAAGAGAUCAGCAGGAGGCUCCAGUCCCGAAGGCGGAGAAGAUUCUGACCGGGAAGAUGGAAAUUACUGCCCUCCUGUCAAGCGAGAAAGAACGUCGUCUUUAACCCAGUUCCCCCCCACGCAGCCAGUAUCAAAAAACAAUGUUUUUAUGCCAUCAACCUUCUGCGAGUCAUCUGCAGGCAAUUCUGACUCAGAACCAGAGGAAAGGAGCAGCGGGUUCCGGUUGAAGCCACCGACCCUGAUCCAUGGCCAGGCCCCCAGCGCAGGUCUGCCGAGCCAGAAGCCGAAGGAGCAGCAGCGGAGCGUGCUUCGCCCGGCAGUGCUGCAAGCCCCGCAGCCAAAGGCGCUGUCCCAGACCGUCCCCAGCAGUGGCACCAACGGGCUCAGCAUCCCAGCAGACUGCACAGGGGCAGCGCCAGCAGCAUCACCCGAAAACCCCGCGCGGAGAAGCCCCUCCGAAUCUGCUGACGAGGCGUGCACACUCGAGGAGAAAGAGCCCCAGAAAAAUGAGUCUAGCAAUACUUCCGAGGAGGAAAACUGUGAGAAGAAAGAACAAGCUGCACAGCAAGCCUUUGUAUUUGGGCAGAACUUGCGAGACAGAGUUAAGCUAAUAAAUGAGAACACUGACGAAGCCGACAUGGAGAACGCCGGACACCCCAGUUCAGAAACGCCAACUGCAACAAACUAUUUCCUUCAGUAUAUCAGUUCCAGUUUAGAGAAUUCGACCAACAGUGCCGACGCCUCCAGCAACAAGUUCGUAUUUGGCCAGAACAUGAGCGAGCGAGUCUUGAGCCCCCCAAAAUUAAACGAGGUCAGUCCAGAUGCCAACAGAGAAAACGUGGCUGCUGAGUCUGGGUCUGAGUCCUCUUCCCAGGAGGCCACCCCCGAGAAAGAGUCCCUGGCCGAGUCGGCAGCUGCGUACACCAAGGCCACAGCACGGAAGUGUUUGUUGGAAAAAGUGGAAGUCAUCACCGGGGAGGAGGCGGAGAGCAACGUGUUACAGAUCCAGUGCAAGCUGUUUGUCUUCGACAAGACCUCGCAGUCGUGGGUGGAGCGAGGACGGGGGCUGCUCAGACUCAACGACAUGGCGUCCACCGACGACGGCACGCUACAGUCCCGGCUAGUGAUGCGGACCCAGGGCAGCCUGCGGCUGAUCCUCAACACCAAGCUGUGGGCUCAGAUGCAGAUCGACAAGGCCAGCGAGAAGGGCAUCCGCAUCACGGCCAUGGACACCGAGGACCAGGGCGUGAAGGUCUUCCUGAUCUCGGCCAGCUCCAAGGACACAGGCCAGCUGUACGCAGCCCUGCACCACCGCAUCCUGGCCCUGCGCAGCCGCAUGGAGCAGGAACUGGAGGCCAAGAUGCCAGCCCCCGAGCCUGGGGCAGCCCCGUCCAACGAGGAGGACGACAGUGACGAUGACGACGUUCUGGCUCCCUCAGGGGCGACCGGAGCUGGUGCUGGCGACGAAGGAGACGGGCAGACUGCCGGGAGCACAUAGCGGCCGGGCCGGCACCUCGGGCUGCCGCUUCGUCCGGCUGUCGGCCGCCCACCCCUCCCCGCAGGCAGCGCCGAGGGGCCGGGAGCCACUCCCUGCUGGGUCGGCCACAGUCCGGAUCCGCAAGUCCUGUCCGAAAGCAGACUUGGGAACUGCCUGAAUGUGGUUUGGGACACGAGACCUCAUCAUAUUGAUGAGCAAAACAAAAGAACAUUUCUUCCCUCCCCUCCUUUGAAUUGAAAUGGCACAUUAAGGCUUGUCACGGCUUCUCACUGGGA